AUGGCCGCUGACAUCGUCCCGGUGACAACGAGUACAACUCCGAUAACAACGACAACUCACGAAGAGUCUCAAGAAGAAAUCGUUGAGAUCACUGUCACCGAUGAGGCGAUCACUGAGGAUUCGUUCUCUUCGUCGGCUUCACCGGGCUUUCAGAUGCCACAAAUUCCACAAGGAUUUGCUGCUGACAUGGCCAACCCUAUGUUCACUCCACAUCUAGCUGAGAACAAAACGGCGACAAAUGGUCUGGGAACAACGGCAAUCAGUUUAACGAGUCUGGCUUCAACGACAACAUCAGAUACAACUGUGACAUCAACAACGACAACUGCGUCAACCACAACUAGUACAACUACAACAACAACUACAACCACUACAACGACAACAACGACGACAACAACAGCAACGACGACAACAACGACAACAACAACGACGACAACAACAACGACAACAACGACAACAACGACAACAACGACAACAACGACAACAACGACAACAACAACGACGACGACAGCAGCAACAACAACAACGACAACAACUACAACUACUACGACUACAACUACACCAGAAGAUGAUGAGUCAGUCGAAUUUCAAUAUGAAGACAUGGAGAAAAAGGGAAACUGGACACAGAGUGGACCGGAAGUUUUCGAUCACAUUUCGAAUAUCAUCGACAAUUUGGCGAUGCCGACUGAUGAGGAUCUUGAAGGGGAAUCGCAGAGGAUUGCUGUCACACAAAAGAUUGCUGUCACUAACAAGAAAACGGCU